AAGGAGCUGACCUUGAUAGAGGAUAACGCAUCUAUCCAUACAUUAAAGGCCACAAUAGCUGCUAAGCAGGCCCUAGGUAUCCUAAAGAUCUCAUGGCCAGCAAACUUACCUAACCUUAACCCUAUUAAGAACGUCUGGCAGAUCUUAAAAUACCGCCUAGAGAAG